UCCUAACGUAACUCAAUUGUGAAAUGAUAUGUGAUGAUUGACAAAAUAAACUUGCUCAUUGGUUGUAGUUGUUCAAUAAAACUUGUUGCUUAUUAGCUAUCAGCUGAUAUUUGUCUCUGAAAAUGCAAGCCAACCCUUCAUAAAGGUUGUCCUGUUUUAAAGCAAUGGUCAUAUCAAAGCCAGCUGGAUCUAUUUUUGCCAAGUUUCGUAAUUUCAAUUUGCUUGGAUGACUAGAUAGUAUGUCCCAGUGUAGUAAGACACCAGAGUCUGUGCAUGGAAGGAGGGAAAACAGAGAGAAGAGUCCUGGAAAAGCCUCAGACAGUAAGACUGAAAGCGACAAGUUAGAUACCUGUAACAUAUUUUGUGAUCCUUGUAGAAAUGUUGCGGGAAAUCAUAUUUCAGCGGAAAAGUUUUGUGUAAAUUGCUCUCAAUAUUUAUGCAAAUCAUGCAGUGACUAUCACACUAAACAGGCUGCAACCAGAGAACAUGUUUUGCAAGACAAAGAGAGCUUGCCUAAGGAGAAGUCAAAGGUGAAGGACAUAAGGUUAGAAAAAUGCCAUUCACAUUCUGAUAAUGAGAUAGAAUAUUUCUGUAGGUCAUGUGACCAAACAGGAUGCCUUGCUUGUAUAACUUUAGAUCAUAGGACAUGCACAGAAGUGGACUAUAUUUCGAGUACCGCAACUGGACUUAAAGACAGCAAGGAAUACAGGCUAUUAAGCACCAAAUUAAAGCUGUUAACAACUGAGCUUAAUUUUACUGGAGAAGCGCUCAAAUGCAACGAAAACAAAAAAGAAUUCUUAAAAGAAACAGCAAGAAUAGCUAUAAAGAAGCAAAAAGAUGAAGUUUCAAGAAUUCUUAAUGAUUGGGAAUGCGAAAUUUUGGAAGCGAUAGAGGAAAGGGACAAAGACAGCGAGACCAAACUGAAGUCAGCAUCUGACAAACACAGUAUUUUGACCUCUGAAGUAAAAUCUGUGACCUCUGAUCUUGAAGAGAAGGAACAACAUGGGGACCUGUGUCAGUUGUUCAUUGCUAUGAAAAGAGACGAGAAACUUCUUCCAAAAUUGAUAAACGAAUUUCAACUUCUCAAAAAGGAAAACAAGAUACCUAAUUAUGCUUUUAACCCAUCGAUGCAGUUGUGUGAAAAACUGAAAAAAGAUGAUGCUAUAGGUUCACUUACACAGUUAUCUGCUGGGCAGAAAAGACAACUUACAUUUAGAAAGGCUAUCAGUGUGAAAUCAAAACACGACACAUAUUCAAACUGGGUGAGCAGUGUCUGUGUGAUAUCAGAAAGAAUUAUUGUAACAGCUGACGUAGGUUUUCUCAAAGUAAUUAACACUUGCACUGGUGAAAUUGUAUUCAUUUUGGCCGUUCCAAAACAACCAGCAGGUAUUACCAAAGCUGCAGAUAAAGAAAUAGCAGUUACAAUAAAUCAGGAGAGAAAGGUUAUGUUUUUUUCCAUAACCGAAUAUGGUGUUCUAAGUUUGGAACGCGAAUUUGGGGUGGAUGGGGAAUGCAGAGGAAUAGCACAUACCAACGAAAAGUUAAUACUGACAUUCGAAAACCCUGGGAAAGUUGAAAUUGUUGAUAUGAAAGGAACAGUUUUGAAAUGUUUCAAAGAGGACAUGGUUGAAUACAAAUUUCUAAAAUACUGUAGCUACGUAGCGGUCAGCAAAACUAAGGACAUAUUUUACGUAUCAAAUAGCAUGGAAGACAGGGUGACCUGCAUGACGCUCGAAGGAAAAGUCAUUGCCUUCUAUAGGGAUAACGAGCUUCGAGAACCGUGGGGUUUGGUAACUGAUGAGAAUGGAUCAGUUUUCGUCUUCUGCGGAAUAUCUUGUAACAUGCAUCAAUUGACAGAGGACUGUAAUAAAGUGCACGUAUUAAGAGAAAGGGGACCUGGACCACCGUGUGCAGUAGACUACUGCAGGAAAAGUAAAAGACUGUAUGUUGCAAGGCUGACUGGGGAGAACAUAAAUGAAUAUGAUUUAGAGUAGAACAUUCAAUCUUUCAAUAAGACUAAACAAUAAAUGACAAACUCACGGGCAACAUAUUAACAUCUUGAUUAUUUCUAUUUAUAAAAGAAGCUGAUUAACUCUUAAAAACUAAAAAAGAGGUCAGUCAUAUUUAUACUCGAUGACAUACAAUUAGACGUUUUGAAGACACUCCUGAAUAAGCUAUUGCUUGGUUAGUUCAAACUUUUAACAAGUCGGCUUAUUUGCUUCUUCCCAUGGAAGGGAUUGGCUCAGGCAAUAUUCAGAACUUCAAGCCGCGAGCAGUGUUGUCCCCGUACCAUUUUCUUUGGUACAGACAUGAUGUCUGUAAUUUUAUCUUUAAUAUCAUUAUUGGCAGAAGUUCAUCAUCAUCAUCAUCAUCAUCAUCAUCACCACCAGCUACUUUUAUAAUAUUAAGACUUAAAGUUUAGCAGGAACAGACUUGUCUGGGUAUACAAAUGCAUGCCACUUUUAGUAAGUUUUUUGGCUAGUAUACUUCAAAUGAUCCAUUCCGACAUAUAUUUGAUGAACAUUUUUUGCAUACAUCUUCUUUUAUAUUUGUGAAUUUUCAUCAUGUUCAUAGCCUAACUUGAUAAACAUGUUAGCUUUAAGUUUAGACUGUUGUACUGCCCUUCCACUUCAGCAGUUGAGCGCGAAACUAUUUUAAAUGUAAAUCAAUAUAAGAACAUGAUAAUUAUAGUAAGUCAGUUUUAUUGUGUUACAAAUGACUAAUGUAUACUUGUCAGAAUUUUGAGGAUCAUGAAAAGUAGGUCCAGGAUCUGUAAAGAAGCUGUUUAGCAUUUUGAUAUGGUAUAACUUAAAUUGUUGAGUUGGCCAGGCCCGAAUCCCAGUUCCCCAUCCCUCCCACCCCACAGCUGGCUGAAAAGUGACCCACAAUCAUUAAAGUUGCACCCAACUAUUUUGUCAAAGGAAUAUUUUCUCAAAGUUUAGACCGACCCAGAAACGCACCAUAGGCCACCAUUUCAUACCUGUAUUUCAAAUUUUCAAGGGGGAGAUCCCCCCCCACCCAGCAAAAUGAGAGAAGUAUUGCUCCAGUACCUCAAAAUUUAGACCAAAGAUGCCCCAGAGGCCAUGAUUUCAUAACGUAUUUCAAAAUUUUCCAGGGGGAGAGCCCCUGACCCCCACUAAAAUGACAGGGAUACCCAUCCCAUACAUAAAGGUUUAGACCUAAAAGUCCACCAGAGCCCUAGCAUUUCGUACCGGUAUUUCAGUUUUCCAGGGCGAAAGCCCCUGUCCCCCUAAAAUUAGGGGAGUACUCUCCAGUACCUCAACAUUUAGACAAACAAGACCUAUUGUAGAACACGAAAUCCACUGUUGCGGGUCACUGUGACCUUGAUUUUUAGGCCAAAUCAAAAGAGGUCUUCUGCUGGUCAUGACCAACAUUCCUAUCAACUUUCAUGAUCCUAGGCCCAAGCAUUCUUGAGUUAUCAUCCGGAAACCGUUUAACUGUUCCGGGUCAAUGUGACCUUGGCCUUUGACCUACUGACCUAAAAAUCAAUAGGGGUCAUCUGCUGAUCAUGAUCAACUUCCCUAUCAAGUUUUGUGAUUCUAGGCCUAAGCAUUCUCAAGUUCUCAUAAAAAAACAGUUUAACUGUUUGGAUCAGUGCGACUUUGACUCUAAAAUUUUAGUGGCUAAAUAUACAAUAUUUAAAUGUAGAAUGAAUAAUAUAUUUCCAAAUAUAGUGAUGUUCAGAACCGAAGUGGAAUUUCUAUUGAAGACAGAUGUUAAAGGCCAAAAAAGAUAAUAAAUUAAAUAAAUUCAGAGAAGUAUGGAGUGAAUAUUCUUCUUUGCUUUUGAAUAGAGAUUAAUUACAUAUUUAGAGUCUAUUAUCUUUUUCCAGCGCUGCACUGAACUUUUUCUGUUCAUCUAUUUUUUUUCUCCCUUUUUUCACCUCCAGUACUUAUAGUUUGCUUUUUGUUUUCCACCUUGUUCAAGGCUCCAUUUUACUUUGUAAAUGAGUCCUGCAACAGACUCUCACUGAUCUUGUCUCCUUUAUAACAUGUUUUUUUAUGUGUUUUUUUUUUUCGCCCUUAUAUGUCUUCCUAUAUCAUAAAUUGACAGAAGUAGUGGUAUCCUUUUACUGUUACUGUUGUAGUGUACUGUCUUGUUUAUGUGUGUAUGUAUGUUGUAUGUUCUUUUUUGUGUAAAAAUUGGGUAGACAUUUAUUCAUAAAAAAUUAACAUUAAGAUCUGUCAAAAGUAAUAAUAUUAUGGAAAUUGCCUAGUUUGAAAUGCUUUACUAUUAUCUCUUAUUAUCUCUUAGAUAAAAGCAACUUUAAUGUUUAUCAUUCUCCUUUCACCAGUUAUAACAAAUUAAUGUCUAAUAGUAAAGAACUUAUUUUAUAAUUUAGUAUCUCCCUUACUGGUUGCUUGAAAAUACAUAUUUUUGGUUUACAUCUUAACCAUUGCCUAGCUUGGCGCGGUUGGUUUUACCUUUGCUGGCUGUGUAGAGCAUUGUCGGACUGCAUGGAUGUGCAGGCUUAUUGAGAUCUACACUGGUUGCGGGUGUGGAGCCAACAGCGUCCAGCAUGGUGCAAUCUGAUGGGCGUUUGCAUUGAUCUCUAUUUAGCCAGUACCUUUUUUUUUGUUGGUAAAUACCCCUUAGAAUAUGGUGCAGUCUGAUGGUUAUUUGUAUUGAUGUCUAUUCAGCCAGUACCUUUUUUGGUAAAUACCUCUUAGAAUAUGGUGCAGUCUGAUGGUUAUUUGCAUUGAUCUCUGUUCAGCCAGUACCUUUUUUGGUAAAUACCCCUUAGAAGAUGGUGCAGUCUGAUGGUUAUUUGCAUUGAUCUCUAUUCAGCUAGUACUUUUUUGGUAAAUACCCCUUAGAAUAUGGUGCAGUCUGAUGGUUAUUUGUGUUGAUCUCUGUUCAGCUAGUACCUUUUUAGGUAAAUACCCCUUAGAAUAUGGUGCAGUCAGAUGGUUAUUUGCAUUGAUCUCUAUUUAGCCAGUACCUUUUUUGGUAAAUACCCCUUAGAAUAUGGUGCAGUCUGAUGGGUGUUUGCAUUGAUCUCUAUUCAGCCAGUACCUUUUUUGGUUAAUUACCCAUUAGAAUACUUAUUAAUAUGGUACUCCGCCCAAGAUUGGAGAAUUACGUCCAUAUAGAAAUUUAGCUGUCUUUAUAUAAAAAAUUUAAUAAGAGGUAGUAUGUAAGGUUAUGAUAUUUUAAGUAGUUCCAUAACAAACAUUGUUAAUGUAGUCUUUUCAAAAGCCAUAGAGCUUGUAUGUUAUUGUAUGUGUGUGAUUUGUGGAAUAAAAUAUAUGCCCAUAAAAAAAAAAAAAAAAAAAAAAAAAAAAAAACUU